AUUCUGGGAUGCCCACUGCCACUUAGACUGGAUUAUGCUAAAGUCUCGUAUGGGUAGGGCUAUAAACCAUAACAGAAUAGCCGUCAGGAUGGACCUACAACUGCCCAAGUUGGACGCCUUCGCUGUUGAUAAUUUUGGAGAGAGCUUUGGAGGCUGUGUUAUUGCAGGCUUUGGACUGUAA